CGUUCGGCGUUUCUUGCCGGGGACCGGACUUCCGCCCGCGGGAGUCCCUUCCGGGGCGGAGGUCACAAUGGCGGCGGCCUUGGCUCGGCUCGGGCUCCGGCCGGUCAAGCAAGUUCGUGUUCAGUUCUGCCCUUUCGAGAAGCACGUGGAGUCGACGAGGACCUUCCUGCAGGCGGUCAGCAGCGAGAAGGUGCGCUCCACCAACCUCAACUGCUCGCUGAUUGCGGACGUGCGGCACGACGGCUCCGAGCCCUGCGUGGACGUGCUGUUCGGUGGGCCGGAGUUUUGCCCGUAUGUAGUCUUCCUGGAGAUCCGCGGCCUCUCAUAA